UGAAACUGACGAGAUAGUCGGGAUAAAGCAUCGAGAAUAGCUUCAUUGAAAAUGAGCUUGAUUAAAUUUUUUUUAAUUUUCAUUGCCGUAUCUGGGAUUGAAUCAAAAUUGUUAGAGUAUGAUACAUCGCAUCAAAAUUACCAAUGGGGAUAUGACAUUCAAGACGAAAUUACCGGGGAUUUCAAAUCCCAAGAGGAGAGAAAAGAAGGUGACAUCCUGCGAGGAUUCUAUUCGUUCAUCGAAGCCGAUGGAAGUAAAAGAAUUGUAAGAUACAUCGUUCACCCUAAAUUAGGAUUUAACGCAAUAGUUUUAAAAGAGCGAGCUAAAGAGAGUAAAUAAAUUAUUUAAUAAAA